UUGAGGGCGCGCUAAUUUCAAGUUAUAAUUAAAAGUCCAUUAGUCCUGGCAUAACCGUCCGUAAAUAUCUGAAAUACUUAUACCGUAUUUGGACUGUUUAAUUGUAUUUUGAAGAACAUGGUCGAGAAUGAUGUAAUUCAGUAAAUAUGCCGGGUGCAACCUUCAGGCGCUCGAAUUUCCUCUCCACGACGUAUCAGUUUGGGAAUGUUUUACACUACAUUAAUGGUAAAUAAAUUGCUUUUUAACCUUUGUGGUCACUUUUACUCAUUGUUUUCUACAUAUUUGUUUUGAUUGUCACCAGAAUUAAAAAGCCUCAGUUUAAAUGGGAACCAAAAACGUAGCAAUUAUAUAUCAUGGGAUGAAUAUUUCAUGUCUAUAGCACUAUUAUCUGCUAUGCGCAGUAAAGACCCUUCUACUCAAGUUGGCGCUUGCAUAGUUAACCAAGAAAAGAAAAUUGUUGGAAUAGGAUAUAAUGGAAUGCCCAACGGUAUUUUAGAUGAUGAUGUCCCUUGGGGAAAAGGAUCAAAAAAUGAACUUGAAAAUAAGUAUCUUUAUGUUUGUCAUGCAGAGUUGAACGCAGUACUGAAUCGUAAUGAAGCUCAUUCUGGAGGUUGCACACUAUUCACAACAAUGUUCCCAUGUAAUGAAUGUGCUAAAGUGAUUAUACAGGCUGGAAUUAAGGAAGUAGUGUAUUAUUCGGAUAAGAAGAAUGGAACAGAAUCUAAUCAAGCAGCUAAAUAUUUAUUUAAUAAAGCUGGUGUCAGCAUAAGAAAAUUCACUCCAACGAAUCGAACUAUCAAUAUUAAUCUUAAUUAAUCGAGGAUCUUAAUACAAAAAAAACAGAUAACCUACAAUCGACCAUAUAUCCACUGAAUCUGCACUGGACUGUUAAUUUUUGUAUUAUAUUAUAGUUUAAUUUAAUAAAUACCGAUCAAUUGAGUAUUUA